AUGAGUGACGCCACUGCUGCUGCACCGCAAAACCCCGCGGCUCGUAAGGACCGCAAGGAAAUGGGCCCGUGGCGAGGCACCAAACCCGCGGGCUUCAUCCUCAACCCGGAGCUCUUCAUGCGCGAGUGCGUGGGCCUCAUAGUGUCCGUCCGCGUCAUGAACGGCGCCAAGUGGAGGGGCGUGCUGCGUGAGGUCAGGGACAACGGAGACGUCGUCAUCAGGCCGGCGCAGGAACUGCUCUACGACGAGCCCGACGGAGACGAGCUCCCCGAGAAGCUGCUGGUCAAGUGCGACAUCCUGUGGCUGCGUCGCCACGUGGACGAGGACGACAACGCGGCCGCCGAAGGCAGCACUCAGCCGCAGGACGAGCCCCCUGAGGCGCCCAGUCCUGCCAAGAGCAGCCAGCAGCCCUGA